AGGCGGCGAGCGGGGCUGGGGACCGGGCCCGGGCCUGGGACGGGGCUCGGGCAGGCAGCCCCGGCGCGUUGCCCUUUCCCACUGACGUCGCGUCCCGAGCCCUUCCCCUGCUCCUGCUCCUCCUCCUCCUCCCCGCCGUCCCUUCCCCUUCCAUCCUCGGCAGCCGCGAUCCAGCAGCAGGAGCGAGCGCCGGGGAUAAAACGGCGCCGGCUGCCAGGAGACGCGGGCAUUGCGGCGAGAGGGGAUGAUGGCCACGCGGCGGGCGCCUGCUUCCUUCCUCCUCCUCCUCCUCCGCGGAGUCGCCUGGCUCGGGCUCUCCAGCCUCCCGGCUUCGUGGCAAGGAGGGGUCCCUGGUGCUGGAGUGGGACUUCCAGGAACAGGAUAUUACCCAGGAGCUGGCGUUGGAGGCCUGGGAGUAGGUGGACUUGGCACUGGAGUUGGAGCAGGAUUUGGUGCAGGAGCGAAACCCCCCAAACCAGGUGUCGGAGGCCUUGGAGGUGUCUAUCCCGGAGGGGCUUAUCCAGGAGGUCUCUAUCCAGGUAUUGGAGGUGCCGGAGGAGGUGCUGCUGCAGCUUAUAAAGCUCUGAAAGCGGCAGCUGCUGGUGGUGGUGUACCUGGGGGUGUACCUGGAGGUGUUGGUGUACCUGGGGGCGUACCUGGAGGCGUUGGAGUACCUGGAGGUGUACCUGGAGGCGUUGGAGUACCUGGGGGCGUACCUGGAGGCGUUGGUGUACCUGGGGGCGGAUUAGGGGGUAUUGGUUUACCCGGCGUUGGAGCCAAACCCGGGAAAAUCCCUGGUGUCGGGAUCCCCGGAGGUCUCCCUGGUGGCGUGCUUCCUGGCACAGGUAUCCGUUAUCCUGGUGUAGGGGUGUUGCCGGGCGUGCCGAUUGGAAGCGGAGUCAAGCCAAAAGUCCCAGGAGCAGGCGGUGGUGGUUUUGCUGGAAUCCCUGGGUUUGGAGGCUUUGGAGGAGGGCAACAACCGGGACUACCUCUGGGCUACCCCAUCAAGUCACCUAAGCUCCCUGGUGGUUAUGGGCUGCCCUACACUACGGGGAAGCUGCCAUUUGGUGGUAAUGGAGCUCGCGGAGUGCUUGGUGGAGUCGGAGGGAAGGGUACCUACCCAACAGGCACAGGUGUAGGAGCCCAGGCAGCAGCCGCAAAAGCAGCCGCGAAAUACGGAGCGGGAGCCGGUGUCCUGCCUGGAGCUGGAGUCUACCCAGGGGGUUUGGUACCAGGUGCUGGCAUCUAUCCAGGAGCUAUAGGGGUGGGUCCAGCGGCGGCGGCGGCAGCAGCGGCUAAAGCGAGAGCAAAAGCAGCGGCGUAUGGCGGUGCUGGGGCAGUCCCUGGCGUCGUCCCGGGUGCUGCUGGUGUCGUCCCUGGCGCUGCUGGUGUCAUCCCUGGCGUUGGCACCGUGCCAGGAGCAGUUCCGGGUGUUGUGCCAGGUGUGGGAGCAGUUCCAGGAGUUGCAACACCAGCAGCAGUAGCAGCUGCCGCCAAAGCAGCCAAGUAUGGUCAGGUGCCAGGUGUCGGUGGAGUCCCAGGAGCUCUGCCAGGUGUUGGCGGCAUCCCGGGUGUUGGCGGCUUCCCAGGUGUUGGCGGGGUUCCGGGUGCCAUUCCAGGCGUGGGCGGCAUCCCAGGUGUGGUUCCAGGUGCUCUCCCAGGUGUUGGGCCAGGAGCGGCAGCAGCUGCAGCAGCGAAGGCAGCGGCCAAAGCAGCAGCAUAUGGUCAGGCUGGAAGGGUCCCAGGUGUUGUCCCGGGCGUUGGUGGGGUCCCAGGUGUUGUCCCGGGCGUUGGCGGGGUCCCAGGUGUCGUUCCCGGUGUUGGUGGCAUCCCAGGUGUAGCUCCAGGUGCUCUCCCUGGCGUUGGUCCAGGGGCGGCAGCGGCGGCAGCAGCAAAGGCCGCAGCUAAAGCAGCAGCAUAUGGUCAGGCUGGAAGGGUCCCAGGUGUUGUCCCGGGCAUUGGCGGGGUUCCAGGUGUUGUCCCGGGCAUUGGCGGGGUCCCAGGUGUAGCUCCAGGUGCUCUCCCUGGUGUUGGUCCAGGGGCAGCAGCGGCUGCAGCAGCGAAGGCAGCAGCUAAAGCAGCAGCAUAUGGGACUGGCGUGGCACCUGGCUUAGGAGGUGUUCCUGGCGUGGCACCUGGCUUAGGAGGUGUUCCUGGUGUGGCACCUGGCUUAGGAGGUGUUCCUGGUGUGGUACCUGGCGGCAUAGGAACUGGAGGAGUGGUGCCAGGAAGUCCUGCCGCAGCUAAAGCUGCAGCCAAGGCAGCUAAAUAUGGAGCUGGUGGAGCACGAGGCCUGGUACCCGGUGUCGGUGGUGGUCUGGUGCCCGGUGUCGGUGGUGGCCUGGUGCCCGGUGGGGUUGGCAGCCUGGUACCUGGCCUUGGAGGAGUUGGAGGCGUUGGAGGCGUUGGAGGUGUUUUAGUGCCUGGACUCGGAGCAGGAGCAGCCGCCGCCAAAGCAGCAAAGUAUGGUGCCAGACCCAUUCCUGGUGUUGGAGGCGUGCCAGGCGUGGGAGGCGUGCCAGGCGUGGGAGGAGUACCAGGCGUGGGAGGCGUGCCAGGCGUGGGAGGCGUGCCAGGCGUGGGAGGUGUGCCAGGUGUUGGAGGUGUACCCGGCAUAGGGAUCCCCCAGAUCGGAGUGCAGCCCGGAGCCAAGCCCCCCAAAUAUGGUUACGGUGGUGGUGGUUUCCCACAAGCUGGGGGUGCUGUUCCUGGCUAUGGGUUAUCUCCCAUUUAUCCAGGAGGCUUAACAGCUGGCCAGUAUGCUGGCAAACCUUCCAAGGCCUACAAAGCCCUGGGCGCACUGGGCUACAGAGGCCGCAAGAGAAAGUAGCCUUGCUGGACUCCACACCAUUCACCUCAUGAACUUUGGUGCUACUGCCUGGUUUCCAAUGUACCCCCCCACCCUGAAUACAGCAGAGAUUCCACCACCACCUCCGCCACCACGUGCCUCGCCCCUCGUCCCCCAGCCUGCCCCUCUUUACCCCUCUCUCACUGGUGCUACGACCAUCCUGUGUGGAAACCCCUCCCCCUCCCGCCUUCCACUCCCCCCCGGGGCUCUUUGGUGCUGCAGCCAAGGAGGGGCUGCUUUCGGAGGGGGCCGCCCCAGCACUUUAACCUGCUUCUGAGCCCCGUGACCACACGCGAGGGUCAGUAGCCCCUGGCCAGUUGGCCCUGCCCCCUAGCAAGCCUAUCUCUGCAGGUUCCUCUUUGGAUAUAAGGGGGGGGUGCCACUAGUUAACCCUGGGCCCGUUAGCCGGAGUCCGUUCCUCCUACCCUGACAUGCUGCCUGCUUACGUGGGGAGCAGCUUGGGUCAGGCCGGCAGCAUCAAUAGGAUUAAACUCAAUUCCGCAGCGGCUGCCAACCCCUUGGUGGAUUAGCCCCGCCGAUCCGCACCCUGCGAAUCUAAUGUGGGCAGCGUCAACGUCGUCUAGAUCCGAGCAAGCGGGCUGCCCCGCGCCUGCCCCGGAUCCCCGUCCAUGUCUGGCCGACCUGCUCCACGUCUUCAUGCUACUCACUUCGAUGUAACUGGGAUGGGACACUUUUUAUAAAGAAGAACCAUAACUGCUUCCCCCACCCCACCCCCGAAAAUAAAAUCAACUAAUAAAUAACUUUUUAAAGGAAA